GGUUUUGAUGUAUCCCGCCAACUCCAAGUUAACCCUAAAUUUGAACCCACAAUUUGGGAUCGUCAAUCUGAAAGGCCAUUGAAUGUAAUCAUAUUUACUGGAUCUGAUUCGAAAUCCUUGCAAUUUCAGUUUGGGUUUUAGGGUUUAAUUCACGAUGAAUGUUGGCGAUCUUCACAAGGUCUGGGAAAUCAGAACGUUAAAGAGGAAGGUUGGAGGAGAUGAGGCUGGAAGAUUCCUUGAGAAAAUCGCCAAACAGGUUCAACCUAUCAUGCGCAAGCAUAAAUGGAGGGUUAAAGUUCUAUCCGAAAUGUGUCCCAAAAACCCUAGUCUUCUAGGUCUGAACGUCGCCCAUGGUGUUCAUGUAAAGCUAAGACUUCGAAGACCAAAUACAGAUUGGGAUUGGUACCCUUUUGAUGAAGUUCUUGAUACAAUGCUACAUGAACUGUGUCAUAACGCCAUUAGUGCUCAUAAUGCUGCUUUCUACAAACUCUGGGAUGAGCUCAGAAAGGAAUGUGAGCAGCUGAUUAAUGAAGGAAUUUCUGGGUCCGCAACUGGGUUUGAUCUUCCCGGCAGACGUUUAGGUGGCUUUUCUCGUCAACCUCCUCUCUCAUCUCUCCGCCAGACUGCACUUCUUGCUGCAGAAAACAGAAAACGCCAAGGAUCGCUUUUACCAUCAGGACCUAAACGCCUUGGUGGCAAUAAAUCCAUCAUGUCUUCCCUAACUCCUGUACAAGCAGCUGCCAUGGCUGCUGAAAGGAGAUUUCAAGAUGAUCUAUGGUGUGGCCUAGAGGAAACAGUCGAGGAAGAAGAAAGUGGCGCUGCUGUCCCACAACAGCACCAAAAUAUAAGAAACUCGGCGUCCUCUAGUGGUCUAGGUGCUGAUACAGAUGCCAGGUCUCAGAAAAGAAGUCGUCAAGAAACCAAUAAGCUGCGGUCUCAGUGCUGUGAUGGUCAUUCGGAACCAAAUUUUGUUGACUUAACUGAUGUUCCAUCAGUAUCCAACAACAUAUCAACUAAUAAAAGAAGUCACCGAACAGAAAAGGACGCAAGUAUGCCUUCACGACACAAUUUUGAGAAAAGUUGUAUUGAUUUAACAGGUGAUGAUGCUUCUACUAGCAAUCAAAAAACAGAAUGUGAAACAAAGUCAUCUGGGUGGGCGUGCUUGACGUGCACAUUGCUGAACCCGACUUUAGCUCCAAUCUGUGAGCUAUGCGGAACCCACAAACCGAAAGCUAAGGAAGACAAGUAUAAGGCGUGGUCGUGCAAAUUUUGUACAUUGGAGAACAACGUGAAGUUAGAGAAAUGCGGAGCUUGUGGGCAAUGGAGAUAUUCUUAUGGCCAACCGAUAGCAACCCCUUCGCCAAAUGUGGGUACUUAACAUCAACUCGAACAAUUGAACUGCUUUCAAGACUAUUCUUUCUGGUGGUUUGUAUGGUUGUUAACUUGUUCAUAAUGGUCUCGAUGCACAUAUUCUUGGUUUGUCGACUUGGUGGGGGAUGAUGGGAUUUUUUUCCGUUGUUUUUCGUGUAGCCAACGGUUUUAUCUUUUGCGGAUGAUUUGAAUGAUAAUUAUUCCGAAUUUGAUGAGC